CUUGGUGACGGCUCAAACUACUCUGCUCUCUCUCUCCCUCUCUCUCCCUCCCCCCAGAGACCUCCAUUUCUCAGCUCUUACAAUGCUGAAGCGCAAGAACUUCUUGUAUAAACCCACCAAAAGAAGGAGAAAAGGCAACUACAAAACUUUUUCCAAAAAAAAAAAAUUUAUUUCCGAAACGCAAGAAUCAAAACCACACCAAAUAUCAGAAAACGAGGACACAGAGGAAGGUUUCAACUUGAAGACCUCAGCACCGUCGCACAGUCAUGGGGUUCAACCACUGGGGAAUCUUUUUUUCAGCCCAUCUUUCAACAAUUCAAGAAACACAGGCUUAGGUAAUCUCCAAACCCUAAGUGAUGAGCUUGUUCUUGAAAUUCUGGGGUUUUUGGAUGGUACCCAUUUGGGUAUUUUAUCAACUGUGAGCAAAUCUUUGUAUGUCUUUUGCAACCAUGAACCCCUUUGGAGGAAUCUUGUAUUGGAGAAGAGUAUUGAUGGGUUUUUGUAUAAUGGGUCUUGGAAAAAUACAUAUAUCAAUGCAUAUAAGCCUUCAUCUGAUGUUUUAAGUGUUGAAUCUAUGGGUUUGAAGGUUAGGGACUUUUAUUCUGAUUAUUUGUUCCAAAGUUGGCUUUGUGCCAAUCUUGAAAUGAAACCAGAGUGGCUUGAAAGGGAUAAUAUUCCAAGAAGAAAGGGACUUUCUGUGGAUGAAUUUGUGGAAAAUUUUGAAGAACCAAAUAAGCCAGUGUUGUUGGAAGGGUGUCUAGAUAAUUGGGAUGCAUUUGAAAAAUGGGAUAGGGAUUAUUUGGUUGAGGCAUGUGGUGAUGUUAAAUUUGCGGUUGGGCCAGUGGAAAUGAAGCUUGAGGAUUAUUUUAGGUACUCAGAUCAAGCAAGGGAAGAAAGGCCAUUGUAUCUUUUUGACCCGAAAUUUGCAGAGAAAGUUCCAGCAUUGGGAUCGGAGUAUCAAGUGCCUGAGUACUUUAGCGAGGACUUAUUUGGUGUGUUGGGCAAUGAGAGGCCAGAUUACAGAUGGAUUAUAAUUGGACCAGCUGGUUCUGGUUCAUCGUUCCACAUUGAUCCUAAUUCCACAUCAGCUUGGAAUGCGGUGAUCAAGGGGUCCAAGAAAUGGGUCUUGUUCCCCCCUGAUGUGGUACCACCAGGAGUGCAUCCGAGCCCAGAUGGUGCAGAGGUGGCGUGUCCUGUUUCAAUAAUUGAAUGGUUCAUGAAUUUCUACAAUGCUACCAAGACAUGGAAGAAGAAACCCAUUGAGUGUGUCUGCAAAGCCGGGGAAGUGAUCUUUGUUCCAAAUGGAUGGUGGCAUCUGGUGAUCAACUUAGAAGACUCCAUUGCCAUUACGCAGAAUUUUGUUAGCAGGAGGAAUUUAUUGAAUGUCUUGGAUUUUCUCAAGAGGCCAAAUGCCAACACGCUCGUGUCUGGAACCAGAGACCGGGUGAAUUUAUACGAUAAGUUUAAGAAUGUGAUUGAGGCAACUUUCCCUGGAACUAUUGAUGGGUUGGUUUUAAAAACAGAGGAGAAAAAAGCCCAGCAGAAGAAGCCUUCCUUCUGGGAAUUGGUAACAGAUUCUAGGGCAGGUGCCUUCAAAUUCUCUUUCUAGAGCCAAGAAGACCACUAGAAACGGGGAGACCAGACAAAGCUCAAAUGUAUCAAAAAACAUGAAAGUCGUGAAUGAAAAAGUGUGACGAGAAUCCUCACCUCGAGAGAUUACAAAGUGCAACAUCAAUGGGUACACGAGCGGCUACAAUUGUGUUAACGGGAGCUGCUGUACUGAUUGGGACAGUAAGCUACACUACUGAAUUGCUGAUAUUUGAUUGAUUUGAUCAUAUUUUACUUCCCACUCCAAAAUAUAGAGGGAUGGUAAAAUGACAGUGGAAUCAGAUUCUUGUGGUUUUGACUAGUGGCUUUCUGCUACAUUUGUGAAAUCUGGUUCAAAUCAUU